AUGGCUAUCAUACUAACUGUACCAGCACAUCAAGCACCCAGUCCCGUCUAUUGUCCUCUUCCAUGUGAUCAUGAUCAGUGUAUGAAAUAUAAUAAUGAAGCAAUGAAAUUUUUCUAUCGAUGUCAUUCAGGUUGGUCCGGUGUUCAUUGUCACAUACCUAUUCGUUGUGAUGAUUGUUCAUCAGAUUCGAUUUGUCUUGGUUCAAUUAAUAAUCGAUCUAUCUGUUUAUGCCCUUUAAAUAAAAUCUAUCGAGUUAAUUUUUUAGCUGCUCUUCAAGAAUUCACACCAGAAAAUAUUUCUACUUCAAUCAAUCCAACACAACGAUGUGCUCCGAUCGAAGAACUUUUAGAAUUUCAACAAUUUAUACUACCGAAAAUUCGACGAAUGAAAUUUUAUUAUAGAUUAGGUCAAAAUUAUCAAGAUUUGAUAUGUUUUUUCAAUGAAUCAUUCAUGUGUUUGUUUACAUUCGAACGUCAUAUUAAUUGUUUUAAAUUCGAUCAUCAUUUAAAUCUCACAUGUCAAAACGGAGCAGAAUGUUUGGAAGAUAUUCCUACUUGUCCAUUGACAAUAAUAUGUGUUUGUACUGAUUGUUUCUUCGGUGAUCGAUGUUAA